AGAUCAGAUCUGACUGGGAAACAGGACCAAGGGCUGUUAAAAAUGCCGAGGCUGGGCAGAAACUGACUUCCUUGGUUGUGCACCUGAGAAAUGCAACCUUCUUGAGGCCCUUAGGCAACCAGAGCACAUUAGAGCUCCCAGCCACUCCCUACUCCAGACCGCAGCGGUCAUCUGACCAAGCCAGUCUUGGUCAGGUGACAGAAGCAGAGCACACUUAGCAGAAGACGGAAGCCCAGCGCUAUGCAGCCUCUGACAGAGGAGGUCCCCGGCUUUCCUGGUGACUUGCAGUUCCCCGAGGACCCCAGGCUGGCGCGCAUGCGCCUGGGGCUCCUGAUGGUACUGCCGCUGCUGCUACUACUCCUGACACCGCUGUGCGGGGCCAGGAGAGCCCCUCGCUAUGACCCCACGUGGGAGUCUCUGGACAGCCGCCCGCUGCCAGCCUGGUUCGACCAGGCCAAGUUCGGCAUCUUCAUCCACUGGGGAGUGUUCUCCGUGCCCAGCUUUGGUAGUGAAUGGUUCUGGUGGUAUUGGCAAAAGGAGAAGAGACCCAAGUUUGUGGACUUUAUGAACAAUAAUUAUCCGCCUGGUUUUAAGUAUGAAGAUUUUGGAAUGUUAUUUACAGCCAAGUAUUUUAAUGCAAACCAGUGGGUAGAUAUUCUCCAGGCCUCUGGUGCCAAAUAUAUGGUCUUAACUUCCAAACAUCACGAAGGCUUUACUCUGUGGGGCUCAGAGCAUUCUUGGAAUUGGAAUGCAGUCGAUGAGGGGCCGAAGAGGGACAUUGUCAAGGAGCUUGAGGUGGCCGUGAGGAACAGGAGUGACUUGCACUUUGGUCUGUACUAUUCUCUUUUUGAAUGGUUCCACCCACUCUUCCUGGAGGAUAAUUCCAGCUCAUUCCAAAAGCAGCGAUUUCCCAUUUCUAAGACGUUGCCUGAGCUCUAUGAGUUGGUGAACAAGUACCAGCCUGAAGUUCUGUGGUCAGACGGGGAUGGGGACGCGCCGGAUCACUACUGGAACAGUACUGGCUUCUUAGCCUGGCUGUAUAAUGAAAGCCCAGUUCGGGACACAGUAGUCACCAAUGAUCGAUGGGGAGCCGGUUCUAUCUGCAAACAUGGUGGCUACUAUACUUGCAGUGAUCGAUAUAAUCCAGGACAUCUCUUGCCACACAAAUGGGAAAACUGCAUGACAAUAGAUAAGCUUUCCUGGGGCUACAGGCGGGAAGCUGAAAUUGGUGAUUAUUUUACAAUUGAAGAAUUGGUGAAGCAACUUGUGGAAACAGUCGCAUGUGGAGGAAAUCUUCUGAUGAAUAUUGGUCCCACCGUAGAUGGCAUCAUCCCUGUCAUUUUUGAGGAACGAUUAAGGCAAAUGGGAACCUGGCUGAAAGUCAACGGGGAAGCUAUUUAUGGAACACACAGUUGGAGGUCUCAGAAUGACACUGUCACUCCUGACGUGUGGUACACAUCUAAGCCUGAGAAGAAAUUAGUCUAUGCUAUUUUUCUUAAAUGGCCCAUCUCAGGAAAGCUGUUUCUUGACCAACCCAUAGGUAGUCUUGGGGAAACAGAGGUAGAACUACUAGGCCAUGGCCGGCCACUGACUUGGACAUCUUCAAAGCCAAAUGGCAUUAUAGUGGAGUUGCCUCGGCUAAGUGUUCAUCAGAUGCCCUGUAAAUGGGGAUGGACUCUCGCACUAAGUAACGUGAUUUAACCUGUAGCCGAGAGACAUACGCUACAGGUACCUUUAACCAGGGGAAAUGGCAGAGUUGUUUUUUAAGUAACACUAAAGAAAUCAGGCUAAAAAUGAUACAAAACCUGAAGUCAUUAGGCAAUGCAGCCUCCUUUCUCUUUCUUCCUAAAUUCUUUCCUAAAUUAUUGCUCGUGUUAACAUUUGCCCAUGCUUUCCUCCAAUGUCUCUUCUUACUGAAUCCAUUUCACAUGGCACUCACAGGUGGAAAUCUUUUUUUUUUUGAGAGAAGCUAGAAACUGAUGACACUAUGGUCUGAAUUUUCUCCCAACUCCUAGGCUUCUAUUGAAGCCCUAAUACCCUAUGUGGCUGUAUUUGGAAACAGAACCCUUAAGAUGGUUAAGAUUAAACCGUCAUAGGACUAGCCCUAAUUACAGAAGAUUUGGUGUCUUGGAAGGGAGAGACAAUAAAGAUGCAAGAGCACAGGGGAAAGCUGUGUAAAGGAGGCAAUCAUCAGCAAGCCAAGGGGAAGAGUGCAGAAGAAACUGCGUCUCUCAAACUCCGUCAUCAUGGACUUCUGUCCUCCAGGACUGUGAGGAAACGUAACUUCCUGUUGUUGAAGCCAUGUCUUUGGUCUCCCUCAUACCCACAUCACUCUUUUAUUAAAUCCUCAUAUGUAAUGCAGACA